AUGCACGUGAAAAAGGGAGACAAAAAGUUAGUCAAAGCUCUAAAACACAUCCAGAGAGCAGAGGAUUCCAACACAAUAUUCGACAAGCUUCGAAUCAUCCGGAACAAGAUCCCGUCUGGUGGCCUCAAGCAUCUCCUAGUCCCCGAAAACCCCAACGAAAAUCCCAAGGAGUGUCAACACUGGAGGCAAGUGGAUGUCCCAGAAGAAUUGAGGCACUUUUACAAGAGCGCAACCGACAACACUUUGGACAAUCAAAAAAUUGCAAUCUGA